CUUUGGUAAAUGGAUGGGCGUGUGGGGAGUGAAUUCACCAGACGCAGCCCUUAAUGUUGUAGGUAAUUCCUGAUGCCUGAGGAUUUCUAAAAAGCUGUAUUUAUUCCCCAGGUGGAUAUUCCCGUGGAAUGAUUUGAUUGCAUGGUACAUUGAUGGCUACUUGGCAGAAUUUUGACUUUUGAGUACCUGUUUAGCUUUUAAUGGAGUAGAUCGUUGAGGAAAAACUGUGCUAUAAUUCUUGAAGCUCUGUAUUAUAUUGAAGAUGGAGGGGGAUUUAGGGGCCACAUAAAUCUAUGUGGCACCCCGUUAAUUUCAAUGCUUGUCUUUUAGACUGUUGGAAGUUUUGUGUUCCUGAGAGGUUUCUUUCAAGUUGUAAUUAUUGGGGAAGGGGGGCUCAUUCUGGUUACUUCAGGCAUGUGAAGAAUCUUGGGAGUUAGGCAAUACCAAGGAAAUAUGUUUAUUUUGGGGUGGAGUUAGACAAUGUCAGGGAAAUACUUUUAGUUGGGAUGGGGUGGCUUAUUUAACAACUGCGUGGACUUUGAGGGAAUCAGCAUCUGCUGAAGAGAAGCUGUGCUUUAAACUUUCAACUGGCUGGUUUUCUAGUCCACAAGAAUUGUGCUUAAGCACUGGGGGCAUCUGGAUCAGUUUUCUCAAAAGUUGUGCUGUGGAAAGGAGGGGUGGUUCUUCCACCACCUGAUGCUCCUCCAAGCCAUGUCGGCUUUUGGGGAUGCUCACGAGUGGUACAUGGGUGCUCUGAGCCGGCAGGAAGCAGCUGCAUGUCUCCAGGGACACCGCCACGGAACCUUCCUGGUGCGGGACAGUACCACGUGCCCCGGUGACUAUGUGCUGUCCGUCAGCGAGAACUCCAAGGUCUCUCACUACAUCAUAAACAGCCUUCCUGGGCGUCUCCGGAUCGGGGAGCAUGAAUUUGAUGGCUUCCCAGCUCUGCUUGAUUUCUACCGCCUCCACUACCUGGACACUACCACCCUGGUAGCCCCUGUGGGUCGGGUGGUGGCCCCUGCCUCUGCUCAGCCCCCUCCCGCUGGCGAGUGGGUGCGUGCUCUCUAUGACUUCGUCGGCCGCGACCAGGAAGACCUCCCAUUCUCCAAAGGGGAGCCUCUGAGGGUACUGGCCAAGCCUGAAGAGCAAUGGUGGACGGCGCAGCGGGCAGAUGGGCGUGUGGGUAUGAUUCCUGUGCCAUAUGUCCAACCCUGCCCAUAUGCUCACCCCAGCAGCCAUGGUGCCCCUCGCCAUGCUCCAGUCAUCGCAAGAGCGGUGCAACGAAGGGUGCCGGGGGCCAAUGACAAGACAGCCCUGGCCUUUGAGGUGGGCGACCUCAUUGCAGUUACCAAGAUGAACGUCAAUGGCCAAUGGGAGGGGGAGCUGAAUGGGCGCCGCGGCCACUUUCCAUUCACCCACGUCAAGGUCCUCGACCCUGAGGAAGCCAGCUGAGUGCAUUUGGUGUAACCCUUGAACUUUUUUAUUUCCCCUGAGGAGGUCACAAUGCCUGAACUCUGACCCACACCUGUGAGCUUCUGGCCAUCUUGAAACCCAUACUUCCUGACACAAAACCCUUGAAUUUCGACCUUCCCUCGUGGAUGUUACAGAGCAUUGGUUCAUUGACGCUCAGCUGCUGGGAUACUGAGAGCUUCUACCACAAACUCCUUCUAAAGAUGGCUCCUUGACUCACUCACUGUUCUUACAUGCUGUGAUAGUUGACCUUUCAAACAUUGACCUUUUAUAGAUUAUGUCAUAGUUGUUCGCUAGGAACUCUGACCCUUUCGGCCUUGUGAUUUGAAACUUGGUUAUGUGCCCUUGAAUCUCGCAGUUCGAAAUCCUAUGACCUGCCCCCAUAAGCUCUGAGCCCUUACUGCUGCUCCUUUGGGCUUUGGUUGUUGACCUCUUUUACUUCUUUGUGUAAUUUUGUUUUUGUUGUCAUUGUUGUCUUUGCUCGCAUGGGGCAGGGAGAGUGCUUGGCUUUGUGGAGGACGGGAAUCCCCCCCACUUGUUUGUUCCAAACUGCCUUGUUAAUUAAAAGUUUCCUGCUAAGCUA